UUCACCAGCUGGGCUGCCAGGGGAGGUGCGAGCUGCCAUUCCAGCCAGCCUGGGUCCGUGGCCCGGGAGCCCAUGCAGACCAGCCCGGGCUGACGUCCCCGUGGUGUCCAGCCCCGAGCCGCUGCGGGGACGGGUUCUCUGUGCCCAGCUGUUCGUGAUGGGAGUCUCACUACCUACCAACGCGGCCCAAUGAUUUCAGCAGAACCCCAUAGAAAGCGCUUCUUUCCAGCCAGCCAGUUCCUGCCUCUCUGAUGUGCUCUCGGUGGUCUCGCUCGGUCAUCUGGAGGCACGCACGGGCCUUGCUCGCUCUCCGGGCAGUGGCGAGCACCCUCCUGCCCUCGCGGGCCUGACGUGGAACGGCCGUGGCACCUGUGGCUCCUCGGCCCCCGGCUCCCACCAGCGUCCCUCCGAUACCAUGGCCUCCAAGAUCUCCCACGUGAAACGGGGGGCAGAGAGAGCCGCUCGCCAGAGUCCCCAUCCCGACGACCAAGCCUUGCUUUUGAGGCAGAAACACCAGCUGCUGCAAGUCCGAGAGAGAGGCCACCUGGCCGUGCAGCGGCGGCCGGACCUGGGGCCGUGGAGGAGCCCGCAGCCGCAGCACUGGGCCGAGGGGCUGCGGCCCGGCUGGCAGGAGGCCCCCCACCAGCGCGCCCGCGGCCUGGACCGGCUGCACAUAGCGCAUCUGCUCGGUGCGGGAGGCGGGUGGCCCCCGGGGCCGAGGCCUGACCCGCCGGGGCCGGCCCGGCGAGGAGCCACCGGGCGGCCGAGGGCCCGGGAGAAGCAGAGAGCGGCCGGCAGAGGAGAGAAGCGUCGGCAGGAAGACCUGGUCCGGCUGCGGCCCCGGCCGCGGAAGUCCCGGAGGACCGUGGAGGGCGCGGAGAAGGGGGCCGGCAAGGUCGUGGGCCUGCCCCGUCUGGCCCCGGGCCCCCCCGAGAAGAAUAAAGGGAAGCGGGGGCCUUCGAGGAAGACCGGCGGCGGCCACCGUCCUGACCCUCGGGUGCGAGGGGACCUGGACGUGGGGACGCUCUGGGCGGCCGCGGGCGGGGUCGUGCUCCUGGGAGACCGGGAGAAAGACGGCGCCCCGGGCGGGAGGAGGUCGCCGGCGAGGGCGGCUCUUCUGGCUCCCGGCCCCAAGAACGACGGUCUGGGCCAGUACCCCCAGGGCCCGGCGGACCAGCUGGAACCGCUGUGGCCCGUCGGCGCCCCCUGUGGAAGGGGGGCCUCGCCCCCGGCGUCCCCGCGCCCGCGCCGCGAGGGGAGCAAGUGGAAGCGGGAGCUGGAGUCCGUCUUCCGAGAGCUGUUCAGCACCAACCGGAAGCUGAAGACACACCUGAACCUGUACCUGGAGUCCAGGCCGGGCACGGACACGUGCCCCAGCGAGGAGCAGGGCUUCCCGGAGGCGUGCGGGCGCCGAGGGGAGCCCCGCUGGGAGCGGCGGGCGGGGGACGCGCUCAUGGAGCUGGCCCCGGGUCCCGCCGAGGCCGCCGCCCGCCCCGCGGCGCCCAGCGCCAACCUGAAGGAGCUGCUGCACAAGCUCAAGGACCGGCAGUACCUGAGGAUGGUGGAGCCCCUGUUUGCGGACGAGGGGGACCCGGCCUCUCACCCCGAGGAGGAGGGCCCGCUCUGGUGCAGCCUCCGAUCCAGGCACGAGCCGCUCAGACCCGACCCGCUCUCGCCGCAGCUUCCCCCACAGCCACAGGUGGGCAGAGCCGGCGCGGCGGCCCGGCCGAAGCAGAGCCCGGAGCAGAGGUGGCGACCGCAGCUGGUGGAGGUGCUCGAGGUGCCGCAGCUGAGCUGGGAAGCCCUGGGCACGCCCCUGAGGGAGCGAGGAGAGGAGACGGAGACGACGGAGCCGGAGACGGAGCCGGGGGCCCCGACGAGAGCUCACCCCGCUCACGUCACGGCUCGCGCCGCGGGGCCCUCCUCCCCGCACCCGGAGGAGGCCGCGUCCCCGCCGGCCUCCAGCAGCGAGGAGGAGGACGACGCUGACAGUGGGCACAGUCAGAGGAUCCGUGACCUCGAAGAGCAAAUUUUAGAGCAAAGCAAGUCGCACAAGCAGUUUCUCGAGCGAGCCAGGCGGCGCUUGCAGGAGUUCCAGAGCGUGUGUUAGCGCGCCCGCCCGUGAAUACAGCACUGACCCUGUGCGA